CGGAGGAGGGGGCGCGUGAGUCAGGCGGAAGCCGCGCGGGGCGGAGCCGGGUGGGGCCGGACCCUGGAGGCAGCGGACCCGGCUCGCCGCUCAGUUCAGGCCUCGCCGCUCCUCGCUCGGAGUCUUGUGCUUCGCUCCUCUCCGAACAUGGCAAAAACAUCCAGCCCUACAGAGACUGAACGGUGCAUCGAGUCUCUGAUUGCUGUUUUCCAAAAGCAUGCUGGAAGGGACGGUGACAACUGCAAACUCUCCAAGGCCGAGUUCCUUAUCUUCAUGAAUACAGAGCUGGGUGCCUUCACAAAGAACCAGAAGGACCCUGGUGUCCUUGACCGCAUGAUGAAGAAGCUGGACCUCGACUGUGAUGGACAGCUAGAUUUCCAAGAAUUUCUUAAUCUUAUUGGCGGCCUGGCCCUAGCUUGCCAUGACUCCUUUAUUAAGAAGUGUGCCUCUUCCCACAAGUAAAUCGGAGGAGCCUUUGGGCCUGGCCUCCAGCCCCACUCCCUUUCCUUCAGCCUCCCAAUUAUCAUCCACCCCUCACAGCCCACACAUACCCUGAGCCCAGUGCACCCACCACCCCAUGCAGGCCACUCCUGCUGGUAGGAAUAAAACAAUAUUGUUUUUUGAAGCACACACUGGAGAGUCAGUAAAUUUGUACAAGGAAGGGAGAUGACUGGGAAGAAUAUAAAUUAGAUUGAUGGAAACAGUUACCAGAAGUUGCAAAGUAAACAGUAAAAAUGCAUCUUGGGUGUAUACAUAAUCAUGACUAAUGAUACCAACAUAAUCAUCUAAAUUACUCAGACUGAUGGAGAGACGUCACUUAUUGUUCACUCAUUAAACAUCUAUACACCCCUACUACAGGCACUGUCAUAGGCUUUGAAGAUACAGUCAGCAAGACAGACAAGGUCCUGCCUUCACUGAGGUUACCUUCUAGUGGGGGGGAACAAUAAAUGAAUAAAGAACUAUGAGUGCAAAAAGA